GUGGAGAGUUCGGGUCUUGUUUCUCCGUCGCCUCGUCAAGGAGAUGAUCUGGUCUCUGCUGAAAUCUUACACGACCAUGAGACGAGUACGGGGGUAAGCGGUGGCUUAACGAACCCUGAAGAUUUGCUUCGUGAUCCGAUGAAAUUUGGAGAUCGACGAAGAAAUUGGCCGCCCUUUUUGUGGGGCCGCUUGAGUCCAGUGUUGACGAAGUACUCCGAUAAGCACAGUUAUAUCUUCACAGAAGAAGAGGAGGAAGAACAAGAUGGACGAGAUCACGCUCAUGAGCUUACAGAUGAAAAACUACACGAAGCACUAGCACAAGGAAAAACGGAAAAGAGCAGGCUCCCAGACGAGGUGAAACAAGGAGGAAAAGAAGAAAAUGUAGGGAAAGCGGCCCACCGUCGCCUACAGGAUCUAGAGAAGAUGCACAUCAAACUCUUGCUACAAGAUCCAAAGCGUCAACUAAAGAAUUUGGACCAGACGCAUAUCAGUUUUAUGCUGGAAGACAAAACUCAUCGACUGGACGUAAAGAACAGGAAUAUAGUUAUACUAGAAGAAGCGGGUGAGAUUUUGCCGAGAUCUUUGUCAUCCGAUAUCUUUUCCGCCUUGAGUCUUCAGGCAACUACUUCCAAGUCGCGCACUACUCCUGGAAAAAAGAAAGCUGACCUCCUUACAAGUACAACAUCCGAGCGGUUGAGCAGUAUCGUGGAACGAGGAAGGAAGGUCCCGAUUCAUCUUUCUGGUGGUGAUGAUAGCGGAUGGAUUUGGUCUGAGGAUAAUGAAAAAGCACCAAGAGGCGGCGAUCUUAGUGAAGGCGGCACUAGUGCGAGG